GACACCGCCCGUUCUAUACGCAAAUACCGCAUCAAUGAUAACGCAAACUUUCAUGCACUCGCACCUGGCUCGUCAACCAUAUAAAAGACCUGGUGUGCUGCGAAACAGUAUUCAGUAGCUCUCGAGCAGUCUACAAGAAGUGCACGAUGAGAUUUCUGUUUGCUUUCGUCGCCCUCCUCGGCUAUGCUUCGGCUAGCGCCAUCUUAGCCCCGUACGUGUACGGCGCGAACGCUGGUGACGUGCAGGCCGCCGCCAUCGACGCCACGGUCGCCGCCCGGGACACCGUGCGCGCCAUCGGCGAGGGCCAAGCGCGCGCCGCGGAGGCGGUCAUCCAACACAACACCGAGGCAGUCCGUCAAGUCGCUGAGACCAACCGGAACUUGCACGAGAACGCUUUCUGGGGCAGUGUUGCCGCUUCCCAGAACUACGUCGCCGCCGCUCAGUCCCAGGCCGCCGCUAUCGAUGGAGCCGCUGCAGCGGUCCGUGCCGCUCACGCCGCUGCCCCCAUCGUCGCUGCCGCUCCUCUCGCGUACGCCGGUGUUGCCGCUCCUUACUUAGCCGCCCCAUACGCCGCCUACGGCGCGUACGGUCUCGGCCUCCGCCACUGGUAGAUCACGACUCGCCGCUGGUAACGCGUCACACCAUCAAGCUAUAACGCGUUAUCGGCAACACGUAACAGCUUUAAAAGGAAGUCUCCAUCAACGGUCGGUCUCAAAUUACACGGAAAAAUGAUUUGCUCAAUGAACAAAACAAAGGUCUCAAUAAAUACGUAACUCUCUUUGUAAAUAAGUAAAUCUAAUGCCAUCACUGCCAAAGUGUAAAUAAACACACAAUUUAUAAAAACAAACGUCGAUGUUUUUCUUGUGUACCUGUAUCCAGCAAUAAAGCAGAAUUGGUUUUUA